GCCUCAGGACAGAGGGGGCGUGCCCCUCGCGGGUGAAGAAGGGAUGCCCGCUUGAUGCCCCCGCCUCCCGUCUCAGCGGCGCUGACCUCGCUGGUCCCUCUGCGCCUGUCUUCGGAGCUUUGGCCAUUCUUCCAGGGUCCAGAGAGCCUCGGGCCGCGGGCGCGGCGAUGGAGGAGGAACUGAAGUGCCCAGUGUGCGGCUCUCUGUUCCGGGAGCCCAUUAUCCUGCCCUGCACUCACAAUGUCUGCCUGCCGUGCGCCCGCACCAUCGCCGUGCAGACCCCAGACGGAGAGCAGCACCUGCCCCCGCCGCUCUUGCUUUCUCGGGGUGCCGCUGCCGCCGCGCCCCCUCCGGAUCAGGACUCUGCGGCCAGCGGGACCUGCGGAGGCGCGGGCGCGAGCGCAACGGGAGGCCCGAGCGGCGGGGCGGCAGGUGGCGGAGAGCACGCGGACAAGCUGAGCUUGUACAGCGAGACGGACAGCGGUUAUGGCUCCUACACGCCCAGCCUCAAGUCCCCCAACGGGGUCCGUGUGCUGCCUAUGGUGCCGGCGCCCCCUGGCUCCUCCGCCGCCGCGGCCCGGGGCGCCGCCUGCUCCUCGCUCUGCUCCUCCAGCUCCAUCACCUGCCCGCAGUGCCACCGCAGCGCCUCCCUGGAUCACCGCGGGCUGCGCGGCUUCCAGCGCAACCGGCUGCUGGAAGGCAUCGUGCAGCGGUACCAGCAGGGCCGCGGGGCUGCGCUGGGGGCGUCGGUAGCCCCAGCCGUGGCCAUCUGCCAGUUGUGCGACCGCACCCCGCCGGAGCCGGCAGCCACUCUGUGCGAGCAAUGCGACGUGCUCUACUGCGCCACCUGCCAGCUCAAGUGCCACCCGUCCCGAGGCCCCUUUGCUAAGCAUCGCCUGGUUCAGCCACCGCCGCCGCCGCCGGCGGCCCCGGAGGCUGCCCCUGCUACAGCCGCCACAGCCACUGUCCCCAGCGCAGGCGGCUGCAGGAGCCCAGGGGGCGCCGGUGCUGGCGCGGUGCGGAAGUUCCCCACAUGCCCGGAGCACGACAUGGAGAACUACAGCAUGUACUGCGUGAGCUGCCAGAGCCCUGUGUGCUACCUGUGCCUGGAGGAAGGAAGGCACACCAAGCAUGAGGUGAAACCGCUAGGGGCCACGUGGAAGCAGCACAAGGCCCAGCUGUCUCAGGCCUUAAAUGGGGUUUCAGAUAAGGCCAAAGAGGCAAAGGAAUUUCUGGUUCAGCUCAGGAACAUACUGCAGCAGAUCCAGGAAAAUGGACUGGACUAUGAAGCUUGCCUAGUGGCACAGUGCGAUGCCCUGGUGGAUGCGCUGACUCGGCAGAAGGCCAAGCUGCUCACUAAGGUGACCAAAGAGAGGGAGCACAAACUGAAGAUGGUUUGGGACCAGAUCAAUCACUGCACGCUGAAGCUGCGCCAGUCCACAGGGCUGAUGGAGUACUGCCUGGAAGUGAUCAAGGAGGACGACCCCUCAGGGUUCCUGCAGAUCUCUGACGCCCUGAUCAAGCGUGUGCAGGUGUCUCAGGAGCAAUGGGUCAAAGGCGCCCUGGAGCCCAAAGUGUCUGCGGAGUUUGAGCUGACCCUGGACAGCGAGCCGCUGCUGCAGGCCAUCCACCAGUUGGAUUUCGUCCAGAUGAAAUGUAGGGUGCCACCUGUGCCCCUGCUGCAGCUAGAGAAGUGCUGUACCCGCAACAACAGUGUCACCCUGGCCUGGAGGACACCACCCUUCACCCACAGCCCGGCAGACGGCUACAUCCUGGAGCUGGAUGACGGUGAUGGGGGGCAGUUCCGGGAAGUGUAUGUUGGCAAGGAGACCCUGUGCACCAUUGAUGGGCUUCACUUCAACAGCACUUAUAAUGCCAGAGUGAAAGCGUUCAACUCCUCUGGUGUCGGGCCCUAUAGCAAGACUGUUGUCCUGCAGACCUCUGAUGUGGCCUGGUUUACUUUUGACCCAAACUCUGGCCACCGGGACAUCAUCUUAUCUAAUGACAACCAGACAGCCACCUGCAGCAGCUAUGAUGACCGAGUGGUGCUGGGCACGGCUGCAUUCUCCAAGGGAGUGCACUACUGGGAGCUGCAUGUGGACCGCUAUGACAACCACCCAGACCCUGCCUUUGGAGUGGCCAGGGCCAGUGUAGUGAAGGACAUGAUGCUGGGCAAGGAUGACAAGGCCUGGGCCAUGUAUGUGGACAACAAUCGCAGCUGGUUCAUGCACUGCAACUCUCACACCAACAGGACGGAAGGUGGUGUGUGCAAGGGGGCCACUGUGGGUGUGCUGCUGGAUCUGAACAAGCACACAUUGACCUUUUUCAUCAAUGGGCAGCAGCAGGGCCCCACAGCCUUCAGUCACGUGGAUGGGGUCUUCAUGCCUGCCCUCAGCCUCAACCGUAAUGUGCAGGUCACCCUGCACACAGGACUGGAGGUGCCAACAAACCUGGGGCGGCCAAAACUGUCAGGCAACUAGCCUGGUGGCCAGCUGCCCAGGUGGCUGUGACCUGAGGCUCUCACAAGCAGAGCUGGGCCACAGAGCAAGGGCAUGACAGCAAUUCUUAGGUGUGUCCCAACAGCCAAUAACAUCUGAAGAUGGUUUCUUUGUGGGAUGAGGAAUAAGCCUGUGGGCCACAUAGACCACACUGUGAUUGCCACAGUCAGUGGUGGUCAUACAUAAUGCCUCCUACCUUCAUUCCACACACAUACUUCUGAGCUCAUUGC